GCGCCAUUGAGGCUACAACCCAUCGGAAUCCCCACACAGUUGACUACUUUAAAAUGGCGGAAACCCUUAAUGGCGCUGCCCAUGCUAAAGUUGCCUUUUGGCCACUAGAGGCCUUUAUCAUUUUCUAUGGUGAAAACACCAAAUUGUUUUGAUACAGCGCCUAGCUAGCUGGUGAAUUCAGAAAACAAGUAUGCCCGGGGCUGACAAGGAAGCAGAUUUGACAGAGCGAAUUGAGGCUUUUCUGGCUGAUUUGAAGCGGGGAGGUUGUGGGACAGGACCGAUCCGAGGGUCGGGAGAAACCGCUAGAGAAACCACAGCUCUUCUCCGGAAAAUAACAUCCCAGGCACGAUGGAGCAACGCAGGUAGCUAGCUAGCUAACGUUUAUAGUUAAUAGCAGAAGUCUAGCUUAUUCGAAAGCUCAGCUACCGGGUAGUUAGUUAGUUAGUUAGCUAGCUAGUUUGCCUCCUAGCUAACGUUAGGUAGUCUCUGCCACGGUUUUUUUCAAAUCGAUUUAACGUCUACUGUAGUUUUCUAUUGACACCUGUUAGAGUAGCUAGCUGUCAAAAUGUGAACUGCCACGAUAGGCUGAUGUCGUCUCAUCUGUAAUUUUGAAACGGAUCAAUUGGUGUGACUAAGCGAUGUCUGAAUAUAAUUCACUACUAGGAAUGAUGUAUGACAAAGAUAUCCUCCUGUAUUUGAUGAUAGGCGACCUAAUGGAAAUCAUUCGCAAGGAGGGGAGGAGAAUGACGGCCGCACAGCCGUCCGAGACCACCGUGGGCAACAUGGUACUGCGCGUACUCAAGAUCAUCAGGGAGGAGUAUGCCAGGUGAGUUUAUGAACAAGCAACAUCCACAAAUUACUAAAGUUGUUUGAGCGUCUGCUACUUGUUGCUAACCUUGCUUGUUGUGUUCUGUGGACCUCGCAAGACUAGUUGCCAAGGGCAAGGUGCCAAAUGAUGCAACAGUUGGAAAUGUGAGGAGCUUUUUUCCCCAGUUGUUUUCUCUCCUGUCAUGGUAAGUGUGUUUGUGUCCCCAGGUCUCGUGGUAGCAGUGAGGAGGCAGACCAGCAGGAGUCCCUUCACAAGUUGCUGACCUCAGGGGGGCUGAGCGAGGAGAACUUCAGACAACACUUUGCUCCUCUCAAAGCUAACGUCAUAGAGGCUAUCAAUGAACUCCUCACAGAGCUAGGUAAGACACAUUCACUUACAGCAGUGUUUCCCCAACUCUGGUCCUCCAGUACCCCCCAAAGUACACUUUUUUUUUUUGUAUGUAGCCCCGGACAAGCACACACUAAUCAUCAAGCCCUCAAUGAGUUGAAUCGGUUAUGUUUGUCCGGGCUACAACAAACUUGUGUAUUGUUGGGAAACACUGUCUUAGAGCACACAGAUACUCCACCAACAGUCUCUCUCUUUCCCCAUCUCCUUCAUAGACCUAUUGAGGCCAUAGUUCAAUAGUUGGUUGUGGCUGAAAUUUAAAAUGAUUCAAACUAAGUCUCCUUUAGUUUAAACCAAUCUUCUCUGUUGGUUUUUACACUAUACACAUCCCCAUGGGUAUAACCAUGGUCAAGCAGCACUGAGCUAACUGUCUUCUUCUUCUUUCUCCCAGAGGGCACCACAGACAACAUCGCCAUGCAGGCCCUGGAGCACAUCCACUCCAACGAGGUCAUCAUGACUGUCGGCCGCUCACGCACCGUCGAGGCCUUCCUCAAAGACGCAGCGAGGAAACGCAAGUUCCACGUCAUCGUGGCCGAGUGUGCUCCCUUCUGCCAGGUAUCCACCGUUCCUCCAUCCUUUCAUCCCUCAUUCGCUCCCACCAUCCCUCCAUCCCUCCUCUAUCCCACUUCUGUAUAUUCAUAGAAGGAACACACAUGGGAGCUAGGGAUGUGACAAAUGUAAAAGGUUCUUAAAGUUUAAACUGCCAUUUUUAAAAAUGGUUUAAAUGUUGAACACUAGAACCGCUGGGCCUCGAGGGACCCCUCUUCACGCUAACGAGAAGUCAUUCUGACUGCAACAUUCUAACAGUGUAUUAAUACAUUUCAUAUAUACAAUUGCAAAAAAUAAUCAUUUGGUUGUGUUUAUGAAGGUGUUAGGUAACAUUGGAAUACAUUUAUUUAUUUAUUUAUUUAUUUUUUAUAAUACAGUAGCAAUUUCAUUAGUUUAUGUUAAUGUAGGCUAUAUGGAAAAACAAAACAAUUCAAGUGUUCACUCAACGUUAUUAGUGGAGUGCCUUUUGUCACAACUAUGAAACAGAAAGCAAACUGUAUGAGUUGGAACACGGUGACGGCUUCUUUUUAUAACGUCAAAAUACCCCCAACCACAAAGGAAAACAUCAGUAGCCUAAACGUCAUUAUAAGCGGCAGGUAGCUUAGUGGUUAAGGGCGUUGUGCCAGUAACCGAAAGGUCGCUGGUUCAAAUCCCCAGAGCCGACUAGGUGAAAAAUCUGUCGAUGUGCCCUUGAGCAAGGCACUUAACCCUAAUUGCUCCUGUAAGUCGCUCUGGAUAAGAGCGUCUGCUAAAAUGACUAAAAUUAAAAAUGUAACUAUGAAACAGAAAGCAAACUGUAUGUGUUGGAACAGCUUCUUUUUAUAACGAUAAAAUACCACAAAGGAAAACAUCAGUAGCCUAAAGGUCAUUAUAAGCGCCAAGUGUGCUUGAUAAAUAGUGAAAAUCAGCACAAAAGCAAUAAUGGCAUAAUUAAUAUAUUUAAGUGUUGAUAAUGACAGCAGUCAAUUAUUGUCUAUACUUGUUCCAAGCGUUGGACACCAUGGUGAAUGUGUCCGUUUCCAUAUUUCUUUGUCAUCAAAGCGGAGGUAACACAUGAUCUCUCUGAAGCAAUCCCGUGACAUGGUUUCUCCAAAGAAAGGUAUCCCAUACAUGUGUGACCGGAAGGUCUCCAUACACACGCUCUAUCCACCGAAUGCUCCACGGACAUGCAGGAUUGAAAUGAACGCUUCCAGCUCAUCAACAGACGGACCCCAGGCAGUGUUUCCUUCAUCAACAGACGGACCCCAGGCAGUGUCUCCUUGCUCCCUGUACCCCUCAGCCACAGUCCAGUCCCUGACCCCAGGCAGGGUUUCCUUGCUCCCUGAACCCCCCAGCCCCAGUCCAGUCCCUGAUGUGCUGUAGCAUGUCCAUGUCACAUAAAGCAACCAAAGCUGGUGAGUGCGUUGCUGCUGUUGCGUAUUGCUUGAGAUGUAGGGCCUGCUCUCUCAGUGAUGACAUUUUGUGCUGAUGAUCGGCCCGUAGUAUUGUCAUCGGCUUUCAUUUGGUGGCGGCGCGGGCACCUGCUCAGUGCACACCGUUCUGGCUUUUUUUUGCGCGUAGGCCUCGACGGUGUAGGUUCAGGCUGAGGCUUAGAAUCAGAAUCAUCGGAGAUGUCAUGACUAAUUUCUUCCCCACCAUCGGAGUCGUUUUUCAUUCAGAUCUUGUAGGAUCGUUAACGCAGCAUGUGCAUCCAUUCGUUCUUGGUCUUCUUGACAUUUGUAAAUUACGCGUUCUUUCACUGUGUACUCCGAUACAGGGUACAUGCACACUGUAAUAUUUAUAAUUAGAAUAUACCAAUACAAUACAAUGGCCCGCCCCUGUUCUUCAUUCACAAGGGGUGAUUUACAUAAUUAUGCAUCAUUUGCUUCCCCGUCGCUCAUCAACUCACCCAUCGUCCCAUCAUGCUUUACUUCAUUUCUACCCAUCAUGCUUUACUUCAGUUCUACCGUCUGUUGUUAUAUCUGUGACAUUUUAUUUGGGUGUGUUUUAGGUUCAGUUUUGAAGGUAAUUAUCGGGGCACCUUUACAUUUACACGACGCUCUUAUCCAGAACGACUUACAGGAGCAAUUAGGGUUAAGUGCCUUGCUCAAGGGCACAUCAACAUAUUUUUUCACCUAGUUGGCUCGGGGAUUAGAACCAGCGACCUUUCGGUUACUGGCACAACGCUCUUAACCACUAAGCUACCUGCCGCCCCCUUCAACUAUCGGGAGUAGGAGUGUAGCAGGCCCUACUGUUGGGAGUAGGAGUGUAGCAGGCCCUACUAUCGGGAGUAGGAGUGUAGCAGGCCCUACUGUUGGGAGUAGGAGUGUAGCAGGCCCUACUAUCGGGAGUAGGAGUGUAGCAGGCCCUACUAUCGGGAGUAGGAGUGUAGCAGGCCCUACUGUUGGGAGUAGGAGUGUAGCAGGCCCUACUAUCGGGAGUAGGAGUGUAGCAGGCCCUACUAUCGGGAGUAGGAGUGUAGCAGGCCCUACUGUCGGGAGUAGGAGUGUAGCAGGCCCUACUAUCGGGAGUAGGAGGGGCAACUGGGGAAAACCCAUUCAGAAAAAUGACAUGCCCUCAUGAAACUGGUUCUAACUCCAGUUCUGUUUGUGAUAUUAAGAUUCUAACGUCAGUGUGUUAAAUAGAUUUAUUUAGGAGAAGUCAAGGACGGAGGGAGGUAUGACUUUUAAAAAAAAAUGUCAAUCUGUAGCUCAGCUGGUAGAGCACGGCGCUUGUAACGCCAAGGUAGUGGGUUCGAUCCCCGGGACCACCCAUACACAAAAAAAUAAAAUAAUGUAUGCACGCAUGACUGUAAGUCGCUUUGGAUAAAAGCGUCUGCUAAAUGGCUUAUUAUUAUUAUUAUUAUCAAGAGUAAUACAAAAAUAAAAUUAAUGAACAGUCAAAAUGACUGCUUUAGUGGUUCUAGUGUUAAAUGAUAAAAAUAAAAAAAUAACAUAAAAUGACAUGAUUUCACAAUACAGAUAUGGUCCUGCGUAUGACCGCUAGGGGGCAAUGCUGUUCAAUCUACCUCAGUCCUGGCUAACUACCCGACAGAGCUCACCUUACUGCUGUCCUGGCUACCUACCAGACAGAGCUCACCUUACUGCUGUCCUGGCUAACUACCAGACAGAGCUCACCUUACUGCUGUCCUGGCUAACUACCAGACAGAGCUCACCUUACUGCUGUCCUGGCUACCUACCAGACGGCGCUCACCUUACUGCUGUCCUGGCUACCUACCAGACGGCGCUCACCUUACUGCUGUCCUGGCUACCUACCAGACGGCGCUCACCUUACUGCUGUCCUGGCUACCUACCAGACGGCGCUCACCUUACUGCUGUCCUGGCUACCUACCAGACGGCGCUCACCUUACUGCUGUCCUGGCUACCUACCAGACGGUGCUCACCUUACUGCUGUCCUGGCUACCUACCAGACAGAGCUCACCUUACUGCUGUCCUGGCUACCUACCAGACGGCGCUCACCUUACUGCUGUCCUGGCUACCUACCAGACAGAGCUCACCUUACUGCUGUCCUGGCUACCUACCAGACAGAGCUCACCUAACUGCUGUCCUGGCUACCUACCAGACGGAGCUCACCUUACUGCUGUCCUGGCUACCUACCAGACGGCGCUCACCUUACUGCUGUCAUGGCUACCUACCAGACAGAGCUCACCUUACUGCUGUCCUGGCUACCUACCAGACAGAGCUCACCUAACUGCUGUCCUGGCUACCUACCAGACGUCCCCCACCCACUCAGCAACGAUGGUAGUUAAUGCCGUUUUAGGUUCUCUGUUGUGCCUCUCCUCCAUGUGCUCAGUAAAGGGGACUUCCUCUCCUCCAUGUUCUCAGUAAAGGGGACUUCCUCUCCUCCAUGUUCUCAGUAAAGGGGACUUCCUCUCCUCCAUGUUCUCAGUAAAGGGGACUUCCUCUCCUCCAUGUUCUCAGUAAAGGGGACUUCCUCUCCUCCAUGUUCUCAGUAACGGGGACUUCCUCUCCUCCAUGUUCUCAGUAACGGGGACUUCCUCUCCUCCAUGUUCUCAGUAAAGGGGACUUCCUCUCCUCCAUGUUCUCAGUAAAGGGGACUUCCUCUCCUCCAUGUUCUCAGUAAAGGGGACUUCCUCUCCUCCAUGUUCUCAGUAAAGGGGACUUCCUCUCCUCCAUGUUCUCAGUAAAGGGGACUUCCUCUCCUCCAUGUUCUCAGUAAAGGGGACUUCCUCUCCUCCAUGUUCUCAGUAACGGGGACUUCCUCUCCUCCAUGUUCUCAGUAACGGGGACUUCCUCUCCUCCAUGUUCUCAGUAAAGGGGACUUCCUCUCCUCCAUGUUCUCAGUGCUCAGUACAUGGGACUUCCUCUCCUCCAUGUUCUCAGUGCUCAGUACAUGGGACUUCCUCUCCUCCAUGUUCUCAGUGCUCAGUACAUGGGACUUCCUCUCCUCCAUGUUCUCAGUGCUCAGUACAUGGGACUUCCUCUCCUCCAUGUUCUCAGUAAAGGGGACUUCCUCUCCUCCAUGUUCUCAGUAAAGGGGACUUCCUCUCCUCCAUGUUCUCAGUAAAGGGGACUUCCUCUCCUCCAUGUUCUCAGUAACGGGGACUUCCUCUCCUCCAUGUUCUCAGUGCUCAGUACAUGGGACUUCCUCUCCUCCAUGUUCUCAGUGCUCAGUACAUGGGACUUCCUCUCCUCCAUGUUCUCAGUAAAGGGGACUUCCUCUCCUCCAUGUUCUCAGUAAAGGGGACUUCCUCUCCUCCAUGUUCUCAGUAAAGGGGACUUCCUCUCCUCCAUGUUCUCAGUAAAGGGGACUUCCUCUCCUCCAUGUUCUCAGUGCUCAGUAAAGGGGACUUCCUGUCCUCCAUGUUCUCAGUACAUGGGACUUCCUGUCCCACUCCUCAUCCAUGUGAUGGCUCAUUGCAGUGAUUUACGACAGCGUGUUCAUGAACGUCCAACAACCUGUUGUUAACGCCACGUUUGGUGUUUGAGAGCUUGAACUUUGUACUUGCAGAGCAAUCGGUGUACAAUUCUUCCAUCUAAGGCCUCACGGUUUUUUGACAUGGCAUCUAGUAGUCUGCUUCUAGAUAUGCCAUCAGGGCAUUGAAGCAGACAUCUUCUACCAUUGACAAUGGCUGCAUAUCAACUGCAAUAAUUUCUGUAAUAAGCACUGUGGUUUUCUCACUCCGUCCCCUUAUCGCACUGCUGCCAGCAACAGGUUGGGUCUCGUGGUAGUGAUGCGCGGGUAAGCUGUUUGAUCAUCCGCACCUGCCCGACUUGUUUAUAAUUAGAUACAUGCAGAUUCUCUUCUGUCAUUUUUUUUGUCUUCUAGUGCAACAAGUAAUAUGUCCUACAUCAAUAGAAUGAAUGCUUCAAUCUAGUGGCAAAGGGUAAAGUUUUCUUUUUCAGCUCUGCUUCUCUCUCACGGCAAAUACGUUUAGGGACCGGGAGAAAAUGCAAUAUGUGAAUAAAAAAACCAGGAAAGAAUUUUCGUGCAAAAUUUCCAAAUGACAUCAGUUUGAGUGGUUUUAAGGGAAUUAAUAGCUGAAAAUGACCCAACAUGUUUCUGAUAUGAUUUCAGUUCGGCUUGGAUGCAUAUUUGAUAUGGUUGAAAUGGUAUCAGCGUUUAUGAUGCUGAUAAAGAUGGCACCUUUACAGACGGUCCCUAACCUUGCAUUAAUUCUCUGAAGAUGCUGAAAUAGAUAAAUCAUAUUUAAUGAAUCGACUGUCUCUUAAAAUGUUUGUACAUGUGUUAUUGAAUAAUGAACAUUACAUUUAGGCAACACACUGUAGUAAUGAUCCUUUGUUUGCCUCAUUCCCAAGGGUCAUGAAAUGGCUACUAAUCUCUCCAAAACCGGCAUCGAGACCACUGUAAUAGCCGAUGCCGCCAUAUUUGCAGUGAUGUCCAGGGUCAAUAAGGUGAGUUUUACACAUUUACUGUUAUGGUGCUUUAUUUUGUGAUUUCCUUUAACAGACAGAACAUAAAAAGAGGUAGUAAUAUAGAGACGUUUUUAAUUCAAGCGUUUAAAAGCACAACGUCAAAUGCUUAUUUCCGGUCUUGUUUAAUCAGAACCGCUCUCUGAUUUACUUAACAAUAAGGAAUUUAAGAAGUCUUUACUUAACAAUAAGGAAUUUAAGAAGUCUUUCUUCACUAGAGGAAGCUUGUCUAUUGUCAAUGCAACUAAACUGGUUUGAUUCUGCUCCUCCUAUUGGUUGUCCUCUCACCAGGUCAUCAUCGGAACACAGACCGUUCUGGCCAAUGGCGGUCUCCGGGCGGUCAAUGGAACCCACACCGUAGCUCUGGCAGCCAAGCACCACUCUACUCCGCUCAUCGUCUGUGCUCCCAUGUUCAAGCUCUCCCCUCAGGUAUCCACGACAACACUCAUUAGGAACAGAAUAAUGACUUUCUGGAUAGAAGUUUGUAUCAGUGAGCCCUGCUUCACUGAUAGGUGAUAGGCGAGGCCAAACACUGGCAGACUAUGACGUUGUCUUCUGGUAUAUUCGUCAUUGUGUGACUUGACUGGUUGGAUUUUGUGUUCUCAGUUUCCCAAUGAAGAAGACACGUUCCAUAAGUUUGUCUCCCCACAUGAGGUGCUUCCGUUCACAGAAGGUAAACAUGCAAAUAUUUUUCUCACCUACAGUGCACUCGGAAUGUAUUCAGACCCCCUUUUUCCACAUUUUGUUACGUUACAGCCUUAUUCUAAAGUUGAUUCAAUAGUUUUGUCCCCUCAUCAAUCUACACACAAUACCCCAUAAUGACAAAGCAAAAACAGGUUUUUGCAAAUGUAAAAAAAAAAAAACAUACUAAUGGAAAUAUCACAUUUACAUAAGAAUUCAGACCCUUUACUCAGUACUUUGUUGAAGCACCUUUGGCAGCGAUUACAGCCUCUAGUAUUCUUGGGUAUGACGCUACAAGCUUGGCACACCUGUAUUUGGGGAGUUUCUCCCAUUCUUCUCUGCAGAUCCUCUCAAGCUCUGUCAGGUUGUAUGGGGAGCGUUGCUGCACAGCUAUUUUCAGGUCUCUCCAGAGAUGUUCGAUCUGGUUCAAGUCCGGGCUCUGGCUGGGCAACUCAAGGACAUUCAGAGACUUGUCCCGAAGCCACUCCUGCGUUGUCUUGGCUGUGUGAUUAGGGUCGUUGUCCUGUUGGAAGGUGAACCUUCGCCCCAGUCUGAGGUCCUGAGCGCUCUGGAGUAGGUUUUCAUCAAGGAUCUCUUUGUACUUUGCUCCGUUCAUCUUUCCCUCGAUCCUGACUAGUCUCCCAGUCCCUGUCGCUGAAAAACAUCCCCACAUCAUGAUGCUGCCACCACCAUGCUUCACCGUAGGGAUGGUGCCAGGUUUCCUCCAGACGUGAAGCUUGGCAUUCAGGCCAAAGAGUUCAAUCUUGGUUUCAUCAGACCAGAGAAUCUUGUUUCUCAUGGUCUGAGAGUCCUUUAGGUGCCUUUUGGCAAACUCCAAGCGGGCUGUCAUGUGCCUUUUACUGAGGAGUGGCUUCCGUCUGGCCACUACCAUAAAGGACUGAUUGGUGGAGUGCUGCAGAGAUGGUUGUCCUUCUGGAAGGUUCUCCCAUCUCCACAGAGGAACUCUAGAGCUCUGUCAGAGCGACCAUCGGGUUCUUGGUCACUUCCCUGACCAAGGCCCUUCUCCCCCGAUUGCUCAGUUUGGCCGGGCGGCCAGCUCUAGGAAGAGUCUUGGUGGUUCCAAACUUCUUCCAUUUAAGAAUGAUGGAGGCCACUGUGACCUUCAAUGCUGCAGACAUUUUUUGGUACCCUUCCCCAGAUCUGUGUCUCGACACAAUCCUGUCUCGGAGCUCUACGGACAAUUCCUUCGACCUCAUGGCUUGGUUUUUGCUCUGACAAGCACUGUCAACCUUAUAUAGACAGGUGUGUGCCUUUCCAAAUCAUGUCCAAUCAAUGGAAUUUACCACAGGUGGACUCCAAUCAAGUUGUAGAAAUAUCUCAAUCUCAAUCUCAAUGGAAACAGGAUGCACCUGAGCUCAAUUUCGAGUCUCAUAGUAAAGAGUCUGAAUACUUAUGUAAGUAAGGUAUUUCUGUUUUUUAUUUAUAAUACAUUUGCAAAAAUCUAUAAACCUGUUUUCGAUUUGUCAUUAUUGAGUAUUGUGUGUAGACUGAGGAAAAUGUAUAAUUUAAUCCAUUUUAGAAUAAGGCUGUAACAUAACAAAAUGUGGGAAAAGGGAAGGGGUCUGAAUACUAUUUUUUAUUUAUUUAACCAGGUAAGUCAGUUGAGAACAAGUUCUCAUUUACAUUGCGACCUGGCCAAGAUAAAGCAAAGCAGUGCAAUUUAAAAACAACAACACAGAGUUACAUAUGGGGUAAACAAAACAUAGUCAAACAUGCAACAGAAAAUCUAUAUACAGUGUGUGCGAAUGUAGUAAGUUAUGGAGGUAAGGCAAUAAAUAGGCCAUAGUGAAAAAUAAUUACAAUUUCGUAAUUAACACUGGAAUGAUAGAUGUGCAAAAGAUGAUGUGCAAAUAGAGAUACUGGGGUGCAAAUUAGCAAAAUAAAUAACAAUAUGGGGAUGAGGUAGUUGGGUGGGCUAAUUUCAGAAUGGCUGUGUACAGGUGCACUGAUUACUUCCUCUCAUCUGAUGUUCCUUCUCUAUCUGAGAGGUCCCUACUUGUCUCCGUAGGAGAGAUUCUGUCCAAGGUGUUGGACGGGAUACAGUUUAAUGUCCCUGGAUAGGAUACACUUUGUCUCUGAGGGGGAAAAUGUCUUAUUGCUUUAUACAAAAUGUAUUCAAAAUAAAAACUGCACAUGACUUUACUCUUAUCUGUUUAUAGGAGAGAUUCUGUCCAAGGUGAACGUGCACUGCCCAGUGUUCGACUACGUUCCUCCUGAACUCAUCACUCUGUUUAUCUCUAACAUCGGAGGCAACGCUCCCUCUUACAUCUACCGGCUGAUA